AUGUGCCUCUUCCGUAAAAGAUGGGUAUCACUGGAUCUGGCAUGUAUUCGGCAAGUGCUGCAGCACAGAAAAAAGACACUUUUGUGUCGUGGAUUAAUGUGUCCUCUUGUAACUGGAUUUUUUAUGGACAAGGUUUCCAGCAAGAAGCUGUGUGCUGAUGACAACUGUGUAAGCACCAUUUCCCUUGCCACAGCAGAAGAGGAUUAUAAUGCUCCAGACUGCAGAUUAAUUAAUAUAAAAAAAGGACAGUUGAUUUAUGUUCACUCAAAACUUGUGAAAGAAAAAGAGUCAGAAUUCUGGCCUGGAAGUUUUUAUCAAGAACAGUAUGAAGAUCAUAUGGAGACAGCUGGUUAUUUCCAUAGCAGCUUAGUCUCAGAACGACAUGUCUGUCAAGAAGCAAAUAAGACUGUUCCUGCAACGGACGUAGAUUUCUUCUGUGAAUAG